AUCAUUUUCCUCCGCUCUCUUUACCCCCAAAACCCUAACCUUCUAUCUCGCUAUCCACAUACGCACACGCAUAUAUUUCAACUAUUUGAUAAUCUAUUGAUCUUUCAUCUGCGUAUUUUGAAUUGUAUUUUCUUCGUUAUAUUCACCACCCGAUCUGUCUUGAUCGAUCGGGCGUCUGAUUUCUUGAAUUCAAGUCGCUGAUCGGAAUGGCGAAUUUGUAUGGGGGAGAUUUGAAUCAGAAGAUUGACUACAUAUUCAAGAUCGUAUUGAUCGGAGACUCAGCUGUCGGAAAAUCGCAGCUCUUGGCUCGUUUUGCGAGGAACGAGUUCAGUUUGGAUUCGAAGGCGACGAUUGGGGUUGAGUUUCAGACGAGGACGCUCACGAUUGAUCACAAAACUAUCAAGGCUCAGAUUUGGGACACCGCUGGUCAAGAAAGUAUGUCAGAUGAUGACUGUGAGUGCUCGAUUGAAAUAUGCAUUUCGCUGACUGGCCAAAUUCCAUUUGAUGAGAUAGAGGCUGGCAUCUGGAUUGGUAAGGAGGAUGGUGGAGUGAAGAGGUUGGUCCACGGGAGGUUGGUUCACGAGGAGGUGGAAAUGCCGUGGCUAAGUUUGGGGACUGGUUAUGGUGGAGUUUGA